CGGCGUGAGGCGGCGGCACGGCCGCUGCACGCCCGGGCCUGGCUGAGCCCCCGCUUUCUCUUCGGCCGGCGUCUUCCGCCCACCGAGCUGCAAGGUGAGGUCGGAGCCCGGCUGCCCGCGGCGCCAUGGACAGCUUCCUGGAGGAGGAGGAGGAUGGGGAGCCGGCGGCGGCGGUGGGGAAGAGAAAGAGGAGCCCUGUGGCUCGGGCCGCCUUGCAGCCACCCCUGCACCUGCCCUUCCUGCGGCCGCAGCCGGUAUCUUCCGAUGAACACAAGUUAAACUUCAGGAAGAGCAAGGAAGCGUGUUUAAGUUACAUUCAGGAUGCCUUGCUCCAAAAGCAGUGGAAAAGGGCUGCAGAGUUCCUGACCUGCUACGUUGAGUCACUAGAGAAGGACUAUUCCAGAGAACACAUUGGUCCAUCAGAGGUGAUUUGGAGAAUAGGAACUGAAAUUUUUUAUCAUUCCCAAAGCAGCAUGAAAGAGUUCAACUAUUUCAUGGAACAGAUGAAAACUUUAGGAGUAAAAAGGUACUUGAAGGUCUGCUUGGAGCAUAUCUUUCAUCUCCUCUGUAAUGGGCAAAUAGAUGAAGCCUACCAGAACCUGUCCCUGGCAGAAAGCUGGAGGUUUGGAGAGCAAACAGCCAUUCAGGAUAAGGAAAUGAAGCUGAUUCAGGCUUACAGGGGACUCUUGGACUACUAUAGCUGGUCUAAGCAGAAGAACAUCCUGUUAGAGCAUGGUGAGGAUGGAUUUUCAGACUUGGCUGUUGAGCAGGAAAUGCAUGGUUACUUUCGUAAGGCAGCAGUGAGCUUGAAGGAGAUUAUUAAAAUACCUGGAGUCUGGGACAUCUUUGUGAAAUGCUAUGUGGAUUUGUUGGAGUUCUAUGGAGACCACAACGAGGCCCACCAGGUGUUAAAUGAAUAUGCCUACAACUCCAAGUUCCCAGCUAACCCCAAUGCUCAUGUCUACCUCUAUCAGUUCCUCAAGAGGCAGGGUGAAUCAAAAAAAACCCUCAUAUCUGCACUGAAGAUCUUGCAUGAUAUUGUUCCUUCUCAUGAACUGAUGAUAGAUUUUAAUACCAUGCUUCAGAAAUCAAAGAAGAGAAAAAAACGUCGAAUGGGCCUAGAAGUUAUUUUUGCAGCCUUGGAUUAUGCUGGCUGGAAAGAAAAUGCAAAAGCAUGGAGCUGUUUGGCAAGACAGGUGAAACAAAUUGUAAUCUCUGGGAAGCAUCUUGACUGGAUCAAGCAAGAGUGGAGCUCCAGGAAGGACUGGUGGCCAGCCUUCCAUUUUAGCCGUUACUUGGCAAAAAGGAAUUGGCAGGAAAAUAAAAGCCUUUCAUAUGAAAAAGCUCUGGUGGCUGGAGUCCUACUUGGAAAGGAUUGCAAAUACUUUAAAUAUGUGUCACACCAAGGCUGCAAAGCUCAGCUGAAAAGGUUUCGGAUGCUGAAGAAGUUUGUGAACAGGCACAAUCCUGUCUACCUGAGAAUAUCUGGUCCUCCAGAUUCCUCUGUUCAGCCUUGAUGAGAAGAUGUCCUUAAGGUUCUUGGUGUACUUUUUCCUCUGUGUAAAACUGGCUUCUGUGUUGGUGCUACUCCAAAACUUCUAGGCAGACCCUAUUGACU